AUGGAGCUUCGCGGUACUGUGAUCAUCUCGAGACUCCCUCCUCCUAGAGCUAUGCUCAAAACAUGGCUCCCCGUCCGGUUCUCGGCGCUCUUCAUGCACGUUACAGCAUUGGUGGCAGCCCCGCUUCCUGCAAAGCUGGAGACUGAUAGGGACCUUUUCAGCUCACGAUUCUACUGUCCUUCACUACCUACUCUACGUCCACGGAUGUCAUCAUUGGCAUCACCAUCGUGCAAUCAAGACUACGGUCAUUUCCCUCCAGCUCUCCUGAUCACGAAGACCGGUCCAUCCCCCUUCGGUUUCGCCGUCAUGAGCCUAGGAUCGAUUCUGCUCAGUUCCUUCGCCAUUCAGAUUCCAGGAGACUUGUGCCUUGAAAUCACUCUGCGUGUAUCUUUUCCUGGUCUGACAGUCUCAAAAGAUCAGGGUACAACGAGCACAUCGACCUCUACAGCACAUCCAACUCCAACACUAGUCAGUGUGCCUACUAACCGAUUCAGAGCCGUGGACGUUGGGAUCUUGCUGCGGUUGUUACAGCAGGCUUUUCCCUAG